AACAAAUUUUAAAUUGUCUAAUAAAUUUAAUGUUUUCUAACAUUUAAUGCUUCUAUCAUUGGUGCAUACAUCUUUAAUGUUUUACACACAAGAGGACAAUCUUAUCAGCACUCGACGAGAAAGAGUAUAUUUAGUUGCUGGUGUUGUUUAGUUCUUUUCGCAUCGCUGCUCUGGUAAAGUUCUACGUUACCAUCGCACUUGUAACAAGAUGUCUCGUUUGUCGUAUACCUACAGAGGUGUUAUUGCUCCAGCAUUUGCUCCUUUCAGUAAUAAUGGAUCUCUUAAUUUGGACAUUAUACCACAAUAUGCGUCAUAUUAUACAAAGAAAGGUAUCAAAGAUAUAUUGGUUAAUGGCACAAAUGGUGAAGGAAUGGCAUUGUCUGUUGCCGAAAGAAAACUUAUUACUGAAACCUGGGUAAAGGUAGCGAAAGAAACAAAGCAACACCUGAUGAUUCAAGUAGGAGGCGCACCUCUUCCUGAUGUUAUCGAACUUGCGAAACACGCAAGUAGUCUAUCAGUGGAUUCUAUACUCUGCUUACCAGAAUUGUACUUCAAGCCUACUACUCCUACACAACUGAUUGAAUACUUGGAAAUAGUUGGUCAAGCAGCACCAAAGACACCAUUAUUAUACUAUCACAAUCCUAUGAUGUCGAAUGUUAACAUACACAUGGGACAAUUUCUUCAAUCAAUUGGUGAUAAAAUACCUUCAUUCGUGGGUAUAAAAUUCGCUAGCACAAACUUAGAGGAGGGAGCGCAAGCGUUACGUGCUGAUAACAAAAAAUAUGUUAUUAUUUUUAGCAAUAAUCAGUUGAUAAACGCUGCAUAUGCAUCGGGGAUGGAUUAUUUCAUGUUAAGCAGCAUAAAUGUAUUUCCGGAACUUGUAUUGGAUCUUCUUGCUGCUUGCAAGAGUGGAGAUACGUUAAGAGCUAAAGAUUUGCAAGAAAAACUUGCAAGCGCUGUAGAUGCUAUAGCGAAACAUGAUAAACAAGUGCGGGUUCCUAUGAAAAUAGCAACGGCCCUUCUUACUGACAUUAAUACAGGAGUACCUCGUGCACUACCUAAAUCCGUUCUUUCCGACACUGUAGAAACUAUGAUAAAAGAUUUAACAAACUUAGGCUAUCAACCAAAAAUUAAAUAUUACAAACAAUGAAAAUAUUGUCCUUCUCUACCUAUCGUAUUUAUAUAGCAUAUAUUAAUAUAAAUACAAUAAUUAUCUGUUUUACAAUUACAAUAAAUUACCUAAUCAUAAACAUAAAAUAUCGUUACUGUAACGCGCGCAUUUUUUUUAAAUAAAUAUCUCUAAUAAUCAAAAAAAUUAAUUCAUAUUGUUACAAUUUUGUCAAUUUUGUAAAUAUAUAUCAUAAAUAUAUUGUAAA